AUGUCCUCGAACGCCAAUCAACAACCACCCAAAGAAUACUCUGCCGCUGCUCCCAAUUUGGACAACAAUGUGCUUGAGUCUUACACUGACGAGACCGUUGAGACCCAACAAUAUCACAAAGCGUUCCCUGAUGCCCGAGCAAAAGAAUUCCGCCACGAAGAACUCGGGCUAGAAGCCAAAUACGACUCUGCCCAGAAGUUUGAGGCUGCUCGUGAAAAGGAGCGUGAAAUCUUUGGUAAGAAGUAA